AUGAGCGCGGAGCGCACGCCGCCGCCCGAGCAGCCGCACGUCGUCGCGCUCGUCCUGCAGUCGAAGAAGGCGCUGCAGCACGGGCAAGCGCUGUGCGCGCGGGCGCACGCGAUAUCCACCGAGUCCGCCCGGCACGCCGUGGACGUCCUCGCGCUCGACGCGAAGGUGAAGUGGACCAGCAACGCGGUGCGGGAGCAGCUGAAGCUUGCGGCGAGUGUCGCGAGGAGGAUCGAGGCGAGGCGCGCGGAUGUCGAGCGGCAGGCUAAGGAGUGGGAUAUACAGAAAGCGCAACGCUCCGACGCGCUCGAUGCGAUUCUGGAGUCCCUGGGCGAACAGGUCGUGCCUCCAGACUUCUACGAAACAUCGUCCGGCACCUCGCCCUUUGGGAGUCAGGACUCGUCCGAGGAGGAAGCCCAGGGCCAACGUCGUCCGGUGACGCAGGGGAGCCAUGAUGGUCUCGCGCCCAACGGUACGCACGCGAGGAAGAAGAGGCCGAGGGAGGACUGGAGCAGAUGGAAGACCCUGCGCGACUUUGUGGACGAACGCGCGAUCGACGAGGUAUUGGAGACGAUGGACAACGACAGGCUGGCCCUGGAGGAUGUCCUUGCGACGACUGCCGACUACUCCACCGUCCUGAAUGGCCACAUAACAACCAUCCGUGAAGGCAUGCCCGGAGCAAACACCGCGCCGACUAUCGAAAGCGUCCUCCUCGCGCAGGAGAAGGUGUCUACGGAUAUGGCUGGCCACCUGGAGAGCCUGGCCGCGCAUUACGACCAGAUGGCUGCGGCUCUGCACGACCAUGAAGCGGGCGAGGCGUUCAGCGACGAGGACCUCCAGGAGAUGAACCGGGACACGGAAGAAUUACCGGCUAUUAUCACUGAACUGGAGGAUAACGUGUCCUCGAUCGAACGUCUGAACGAGCAGUUGCAGAGGGCGAAGGCGGCGGCGCAGGAGCACGUCUCGCUGCACCGAUCCACUCUGGACGAUCUCGAGGAGCUCGGCGAGGUCAUGACAGACAUGUUGCAACAUCAGGACCAAGUCCAGGCGGACUGUGUCGAGCGGAUGUCGCACCUCCAGGGCCACCUGAUGACGCUCGAGGAGCUGCACCACAAGUACACGUCCUAUCAGUUAUCGUACAACAAGCUGCUCAUCGAGAUCGCCCGCCGACGGCAGUACCGCGAGGCGGCGGAGAAUAUCGUGCGGGGAAUGAUGGCGCAAUUGGACGCUAUGACCGAAGAGGAGCGUAUUGUGAGGCAGGACUUCAACGAGGAGCACGGACAGUAUCUCCCUUCUGAUCUGUGCCUGUGUAUCGAGAACCCACCCACGAAGUGGGCGAUUGUGCCAUGGAAUGGGGAGCCAGAAGAGGUUCUCCCUGAUGUGGAUAAUGAUCUGCUGUUAGAGGCGAAGGACAGGACGGUUAACUCGGGAGGGUUGGCUGGCAGUCAGAGUCUAUGAGCGGACCUGGCCAGCCCGUCUAUUGUUAUUUUAUGGUCGUGUAAUGUUACAGGUGCCACACUACGAUCAUGAGCCGCCAAACUUCCUCUUCAACUAUUCCUCGAUGCUCGUCCUCUUCACUUUCGGCCAAGCCUCAUGAUGGUUGAACUCGGCAGGUCCGUACCCGAUCCCCGUCAUCUGGCCGCCCUCCACGGUGUACUAGAACUGCACCGGGAUUUUGCUGCUCCCAGCAACAUCUUUCGGCGCUCUGCUUGGGUCCUCGAGGACCCUAUGCGCCUCCCCCACCGGUCCGUGCACCCGCUCGACGGGCUUACCGCUCCUCCAGCAUCUGCGCGAUCCUCGCCUG